GUGUCUGUGUCGUCAGUGCUGUGUCUGUCGUCGGUGAGAGAGUUACCUGUCCAGGUGAGGGAGCUGUACGGUCAGGGCUUUGUCCUGGUGGCUGUCCAUCCCUUCGUCCACCCCUGUGGCCCCAGGCCCGCACGCAUCCAACGCCAGCUACACAGAGCCGUCCUCAUCAGAGAGACACACAGGUACAGAAACACACACACACGGGUACGGAAACUUACACACACUCACUCACUCACUCACUCACUCACUCACUCAGUCUCAAUCGCUGGCUCACACACACACACAGACACACACACACACACACACACACACACACACACUUUCUCUCAUUUCCUGCAUCCAAUGCCUGCUACACAGAACACAGAGACACAUAGUUAGGGAAUACCUCUGGCUUUCUAUUCUCACCUGCAGGGGCCUCAUCUGAAUUCUAUUCUCACCCACAGAAUCUGUGAAAUCUGAGCAGAAUCCUAUUUUCACCCUGAGGAUUCUCGGCAGAGAUCUAUUCUCACCCGUGGAAUUCUUGAAGCAUACUGUAUGUGUAGAUAGGGAACUGUAUACAGCAUGUGGAAGGCCCAUGUAUAUAGACAUGCUCACACUUCCACACACAUAUGCUUACACAUACAAAUACAUACACACACACACACAGUUGGAUGCUGGGCUGCUCAUUUGAUGCCCCUUCUGCCAAGUGGCACCUGUCACCGUGGAGACGGCUGAUUGCAUCAUCAGCACCCACCGGAGGGGAACAAUGUGCUAGGAGAGGGGAACCAUGAGGCCUCCUCUUCUCCUUUCAUCUCUCCAUCACUUCAUCUCUCUCCUCUCUCCUACCUUCUAUCCUCCUCUCUCUUCUCCUUUCAUCUCUCCAUCACUUCAUCUCUCUCCUCUCUCCUACCUUCUAUCCUCCUCUCUCUUCUCCUUUCAUCUCUCCAUCACUUCAUUUCUCUCCUCUCUCCUACCCUCUAUCCUCCUCUCUCUCCUCCUUUCAUCUCUUCAUCACCAUUUCCCUUUCCACCAUUCUCCAUCCUCCUCUUUUCCCCUCUUCUUUUUUGAUACCUUCAUCGCUUGCAUCCCAUUUUCCUCUAUCCUCCUCAUCUCUCCCCUUUCUUCCAGCCUGUAUCCUCCUCUUAUCUCUCCUCCUCUCAUCCCUCCAUUACCAACAUUCUCCUUUCUUCCAUUCUCUCUCCUCCUCUUCCAUCCCUCUCUCCUUCCCUAAUUUCCUCCUCUCCUCCUAACCCCCUGGCAGCUGUCAUCAAAACAAAUGUGAACCAGAAGAGGUUGACUGUGGUCUUCAAUUUCAAAACUGUCUGAACGUGUUAGAGGCCCUAAAGAACAAUAGAUGACUAAGAUCCAGAAUACAAACAUGAUUAUCUAUAGUUUUAUUCACUCCUUCAUCAGUUCUUUCUACACGUGCAUGUAUUUUGUUGAGAAGAGAGUACGUCUGGGUCCUAAAUGGCUAUUCUCUGCAUAGUGCAUUGCUUUUGACCAUAGCCCUAUGGGCCCCUAUGAGCCCUGGUCAAAAGUAAUGCACUAUAUAGGGAAUAGGGUGCCUAAAUGUCCGCUGAUCUCUUCCUUCAUUCCUCUUUAAUUUCUCUCUCUCCAGUUCAGAGAACCAGCUGAAGUGGGCGGGGCUUCGCCUGGAGACAGACGUGUGUGUGGCGGGUCAACAGGCCCCCGACCCGGAAGUCAUCCAGAACUACGUGAAGAAGGUUAGCCCUGCCCAUUAGUCCUAAAGCACAGCUCUAGCAUCAGUUUACUACUUACACUCAGCUCCCCUCUGGGAGAAGUUACCCAUAGGCACAGAUCUAGGAUCAGCUUACUACUUACACUCAGCUCCCCUCUGGGAGAAGUUACCCAUAGGCACAGAUCUAGGAUCAGCUUACUACUUACACUCAGCUCCCCUCUGGGAGAAGUUACCCAUAGGCACAGAUCUAGCAUCAGCUUACUACUUACACUCAGCUCCCCUCUGGGAGAAGUUACCCAUAGGCACAGAUCUAGGAUCAGCUUACUACUUACACUCAGCUCCCCUCUGGGAGAAGUUACCCAUAGGCACAGAUCUAGGAUCAACAAAUUCCUCCACAAAUGUUAAUCGUAGCCUUUUACGCUCUACCUGUAUACGGGUUGAAAAUGGCAGAAUUGGUCGCUAAUAAGCGUCAGUGUUGUCUGAGUGAAGGAAAUGCUGUAAAUUAAGAGGACUUGAUGUGUUUUGAAAGAUGAGAUGUUGAGUAUUAUAAUAAAUAAAGAUUUGAUGUCAUACAUCAAAUCAUGUUCUCCCGAGUGGCGUAGUGGUGCCACUAGAGAUCCUGGUUCGAAUCCAGGCUCUGUCAUAGCUGGUCGCGACCGGGAGACCCAUGGGGCGGCGCACAAUUGGCCCAGCGUCGUCCAAGGUAGGGCAGGGAAUGACCGGCAGGGAUGUAGCUCAGUUGGUAGAGCAUGGCGUUUGCAACGCCAGGGUUGUGGGUUCGAUUCCCACAGGGGGUAUGAAAAAAAAAAUGGAAAAAAAUGAAAAAAUAACUAACUGUAAGUCGCUCUGGAUAAGAACGUCUGCUAAAUGACUAAAUGUAAAUGUAAUACAAGCAAUCCAAACACCUGUGAGUCCACAUCACAUCUCCAAAUCAUAAAACUCAUAUACAGGGUCAAGGUUUAUGAUCACUAUGUUUGAUGGACAGUUAUAAGAUCACAUGUUGUCAUACCCUGGGAUGUUCUGAACAGAAUGAGCUUGUGUUUGUUUAUUGUGAAGAAAAUGUGCCGCGUCACCAAAAUGACAAUUUGUUUCUCUGAAUUGCCUUUUGAAAGCCUAACACUGUAAGAUCAUAUUUUAUAACUUAGCUAGUCAUGUUGGCAAUAGAACAAGCUUUCUAAUCAUGCCCACUUGACCCAGAAUGCAAUUUAUAAUGGACGGUUUUUUGAUUGCGUAAACAACAGUAAUUGUGUGAUGCAGGGCUGUGUUCCAAAAGAAAACAACUCCAAGUGUACUUGCUCUAGUCCCUCAACGGCACAGCUAGGAGAGCUCAAAAAUGCACCUUGAAGACUCUUCUUUGAUUCCUAAAAGUGCAUUGAAAUUGCUUUGCAACUGUGCACACUUUGGAGAGGUGUGUGGCCACUUGGAGACACUCACUCAAACUCUCACUCAUAUCAUUUUUUUUGUCUUAUGUUCCACCUACCCCACAUUUUCCAGGAAUAGUCUUAUCAUGUUACUGAAUGUAUCCAGAAUAUUUUCAGAUUUCGUUGUCAACAAAUGCGAUGAAAAGUACAGUAAAUGUAAAAUGCACCUAAAAUCAACAGUGUAAUGUUUGGAUUCAGUCUUGUGUCCGGUGAACUGUUGGGUACUCACCUUUGGUCUAAUCAUUUUCACAUUAUCUCCAAACUGUUCCCUUUCAUUUGCUACCAUGGUUAUGCAUUUUCAUAUUUCUUCUGUAAGAAACAUUUCAAUUUAGCCCGAGCCAAUUCCCACAAGUGUAAAGGGUUAAAGGCCCAAUCCUUAGUUGGACUCCCCUCCUCUGUUUUGGUAAAAAGCCGAAAGAUGGGCCUGGAGAAAUUCAAAUUCAUAGACCGAGCUAUGGAAGCAAGGACUGACCAAUCCAAGAUAUCAAAAUUAUAGUUUAAAGCAUGUUUUGAGGCUAUACAGUGUUUGUUUACAUUUAUAUUGUUUACAAAUAUUGGAGUAAAACAAGCUAAUAUUAUGGGUUCUGAUGGGGUACGACAGUUUAACUAAGGUCAUUAGGCAUUUUAGGUUAUAUUCUUCAAGAAUCAAUAGGUAUAUACAGUGGGGAGAACAAGUAUUUGAUACACUGCCGAUUUUGCAGGUUUUCCUACUUACAAAGCAUGUAGAGGUCUGUAAUUUUUAUCAAAGGUACACUUCAACUGUGAGAGGCGGAAUCUAAAACAAAAAUCCAGAAAAUCACAUUGUAUGAUUUUUAAGUAAUUCAUUUGCAUUUUAUUGCAUGACAUAAGUAUUUGAUCACCUACCAACCAGUAAGAAUUCCAGCUCUCACAGUCCUGUUAGUUUUUCUUUAAGAAGCCCUCCUGUUCUCCACUCAUUACCUGUAUUAACUGCACCUGUUUGAACUCGUUGCCUGUAUAAAAGACACCUGUCCACACACUCAAUCAAACAGACUCCAACCUCUCCACAAUGGCCAAGACCAGAGAGCUGUGUAAGGACAUCAGGGAUAAAAUUGUAGACCUGCACAAGGCUGGGAUCGGCUACAGGACAAUAGGCAAGCAGCUUGGUGAGAAGCAACAACUGUUGGCGCAAUUAUUAGAAAAUGGAGGAAGUUCAAGAUGACGGUCAAUCACCCUCGGUCUGGGGCUCCAUGCAAGAUCUCACCUCGUGGGGCAUCAAUGAUCAUGAGGAAGGUGAGGGAUCAGCCCAGAACUACACGGCAGGACCUGGUCAAUGACCUGAAGAGAGCUGGUACCACAGUCUCAAAGAAAACCAUUAGUAACACACUACACCGUCAUGGAUUAAAAUCCUGCAGCGCACGCAAGGUCCCCCUGCUCAAGCCAGCGCAUGUCCAGGUCUGUCUGAAGUUUGCCAAUGACAACUGGAUGAUCCAGAGGAGGAAUGGGAGAAGGUCAUGUGGUCUGAUGAGACAAAUAUAGAGCUUUUUGGUCUAAACUCCACUCGCCGUGUUUGGAGGAAGAAGAAGGAUGAGUACAACCCCAAGAACACCAUCCCAACCGUGAAGCAUGGAGGUGGAAACAUCAUUCUUUGGGGAUGCUUUUCUGCAUAGGGGACAGGAUGACUGCACCGUAUUGAUGGGAGGAUGGAUGGGGCCAUGUAUCGCGAGAUCUUGGCCAACAACCUCCUUCCAUCAGUAAGAGCAUUGAAGAUGGGUCGUGGCUGGGUCUUCCAGCAUGACAACGACCCGAAGCACACAGCCAGGGCAACUAAGGAGUGGCUCCGUAAGAAGCAUCUCAAGGUCCUGGAGUGGCCUAACCAGUCUCCAGACCUGAACCCAAUAGAAAAUCUUUGGAGGGAGCUGAAAGUCCGUAUUGCCCAGCGACAGCCCAGAAACCUGAAGGAUCUGGAGAAGGUCUGUAUGGAGGAGUGGGCCAAAAUCUGCAGUGUGCAAACCUGGUCAAGACCUACAGGAAAUGUAUGAUCUCUGUAAUUGCAAACAAAGGUUUCUGUACCAAAUAUUAAGUUCUGCUUUUCUGAUGUAUCAAAUACUUAUGUCAUGCAAUAAAAUGCAAAUUAAUUACUUAAAAAUCAUACAAUGUGAUUUUCUUGAUUUUUGUUUUAGAUUCCGUCUCUCACAGUUGAAGUGUACCUAUGAUAAAAAUGACAGACCUCUACAUGCUUUGUAAGUAGGAAAACCUGCAAAAUCGGCAGUGUAUCAAAUACUUGUUCUCCCCACUGUAUAUGUUUAAUUUAUAAGUCAAAAAUGUAUGUAGUAACUGCAGAUUGUCCCUUUAAAGGUAUAUUACACUCCGAAAUUCCUCCCUUAAUUUGAACCUUAAUAUUUGACUGAAAAGAUUCUCGGGGUAAACUCAUCCUACUUUCCAUGGAUGCCUCCUCUCCUUCCCCUACUGGUUAUGUACACCUGUAUCAUGUACAGUGGGGAGAAAAAGUAUUUAGUCAGCCACCAAUUGUGCAAGUACUCCCACUUAAAAAGAUGAGAGAGGCCUGUAAUUUUCAUCAUAGGUACACGUCAACUAUGACAGACAAAUUGAGAAAAAAAAUCCAGAAAAUCACAUUGUAGGAUUUUUUAUGAAUUUAUUUGCAAAUUAUGGUGGAAAAUAAGUAUUUGGUCAAUAACAAAAGUUUCUCAAUACUUUGUUAUAUACCCUUUGUUGGCAAUGACACAGGUCAAACGUUUUCUGUAAGUCUUCACAAGGUUUUCACACACUGUUGCUGGUAUUUUGGCCCAUUCCUCCAUGCAGAUCUCCUCUAGAGCAGUGAUGUUUUGGGGCUGUCGCUGGGCAACAUGGACUUUCAACAGGACCUUGAAAUGCUUCUUACGAAGCCACCUCUUCGUUGCCCGGGCGGUGUGUUUGGGAUCAUUGUCAUGCUGAAAGACCCAGCCACGUUUCAUCUUCAAUGCCCUUGCUGAUGGAAGGAGGUUUUCACUCAAAAUCUCAUGAUACAUGGCCCCAUUCAUUCUUUCCUUUACACGGAUCAGUCGUCCUGGUCCCUUUGCAGAAAAACAGCCCCAAAGCAUGAUGUUUCCACCCCCAUGCUUCACAGUAGGUAUGGUGUUCUUUGGAUGCAACUCAGCAUUCUUUGUCCUCCAAACACGACGAGUUGAGUUUUUACCAAAAAGUUCUAUUUUGGUUUCAUCUGACCCUAUGACAUUCUCCCAAUCCUCUUUUGGAUCAUCCAAAUGCACUCUAGCAAACUUCAGACGGGCCUGGACAUGUACUGGCUUAAGCAGGGGGACACGUCUGGCACUGCAGGAUUUGAGUCCCUGGCGGCGUAGUGUGUUACUGAUGGUAGGCUUUGUUACUUUGGUCCCAGCUCUCUGCAGGUCAUUCACUAGGUCCCCCCGUGUGGUUCUGGGAUUUUUGCUCACCGUUCUUGUGAUCAUUUUGACCCCACGGGGUGAGGUCUUGCGUGGAGCCCCAGAUCGAGGGAGAUUAUCAGUGGUCUUGUAUGUCUUCCAUUUCCUAAUAAUUGCUCCCACAGUUGAUUUCUUCAAACCAAGCUGCUUACCUAUUGCAGAUUCAUUCUUCCCAGCCUGGUGCAGGUCUACAAUUUUGUUUCUGGUGUCCUUUGACAGCUCUUUGGUCUUGGCCAUAGUGGAGUUUGGAGUGUGACUGUUUGAGGUUGUGAACAGGUGUCUUUUAUACUGAUAACAAGUUCAAACAGGUGCAAUAAAUACAGGUAACGAGUGGAGGACAGAGGAGCCUCUUAAAGAAGAAGUUACAGGUCUGUGAGAGCCAGAAAUCUUGCUUGUUUGUAGGUGACCAAAUACUUAUUUUCCACCAUAAUUUGCAAAUAAAUUCAUAAAAAAUCCUACAAUGUGAUUUUCUGGAUUUUUUUUUCUAAAUUUUUUUGUCAUAGUUGACGUGUACCUAUGAUGAAAAUUACAGGCCUCUCUCAUCUUUUUAAGUGGGAGAACUUGCACAAUUGGUGGCUGACUAAAUACUUUUUUCCCCCACUGUAGAUGGAGAGGAGAGGAAGCCACUUAGACUAUUGAGAUGCCCCCCCCUAAUGUCACUAUCAGCUGUGACAUCAUCAUUUAACAACCACAAACUCCCUCUUAGGCACUUACAGUAUAGUAGUGAAUUCAUCUUAUUCUACAGAGACCAUGAGAUGUGAACAGGACCUCUGAUCCCUGGUAACCCAGUAGGACCCUGAUCACCUGAGGAUGACAUCAUCAUUAAUAUUGACAUACCGUUUACAUAGGCAUUUUGUACAUAACACUUGACGUAUUGUUUCCUGUCUUUUUGCAUAGAACAUAUUAUUCACUCUACCUCUUUGGCCUUUGUCACCAUCAAUUCCAGGAGCUCCUGUUUGAGAAUUAAAUAUAUGUUUUAAAAUGUAUGAAAAUGUAUGCACUCACUAACUGUAAGUCGCUCUGGAUAAGAGCGUCUGCUAAAUGACUAAAAUGUCAAUGUUAAAAAACAGGCCUUAUUGAGUAGAUUUGCAUGUGAACAGGCGGAGCAUAAAAGGUAGCGGUGAUUGGAUUGAAAUGCACAUACUGAGAUAAUGUGAUAUGGUCAGGCAGUGUGACAUGAAUAUGCAAUCAGUUAGCAGCCUGGCUGCCAGGGAAUCACAGAAAAGAACCACAGACAGGAACCAAUAGAAGAGUAGGGGACAUUGAUGGUUCUUCUCACACUGCAGGGUUUGGCACUUACAGUCCAUUCGGAAAGUAUUCAGACCCCUUGACUUUUCCUCAUCAAUCUACGCACAUACCCCAUAAUUGCAUGGCAAAAACAGGUUUUUAGAAAUUUUAGCAAAUGUAUUAGAAAUAAAAAACGGAAAUAUCACAUUUACAUAAGUAUUCAGACCCUUUACUCAGUACUUUGUUGAAGCAUCUUUGGCAGCGAUUACAGCCUCGGGUCUUCUUGGGAAUGACGCUACAAGCUUGGCACACCUGUAUUUGGGGAGUUUCUCCCAUUCUUCUUUGAAAAUCCUCUCAAGCGCUGUCAGGUUGAAUGGGGAGCAUUGCUGCACAGCUAUUUUCAGGUCUCUCCAGAUAUGUUCGAUCAGGUUCAAGUCCGUGCUCUGGCUGGGCCACUCAAGGACAUUCAGAGACUUGUCCCGAAGCAACUCCUGGGUUGUCUUGGCUAUGUGCUUAGGGUCGUUGUCCUGUUGGAAAGUGAACCUUCACCCCAGUCUGAGGUCCUGAGCGCUCUGGAGCAGGUUUUCAUCAAGGAUCUCUCUGUACUUUGCUCCGUUCAUCUUUCCCUCAAUCCUGACUAGUCUCCCAGUCCCUGCCGCUGAAAAACAUCUCCUUAGCAUGAUGCUGCUACCACCAUGCUUCACCGUAGGGAUGGUGCCAGGUUUUCUCCAGACGUGACGCUUGGCAUUCAGGCCAAAGAGUUCAAUCUUGGUUUCAUCAGAUCAGAGAAUCUUGUUUCUCAUGGUCUGAGAGUCUUUAGGUGCCUUUUGGCAAACUCUAAGCGGGCUAUCAUGUGCCAUUUACUGAGGAGUGGCUUCCAUCUGCCUACUCUACCAUGAAGGCCUGAUUGGUGGAGUGCUGCAGAGAUGGUUGUCCUUCUGGAAGGUUCUCCUAUCUCCAUGGAGGAACUCUGGAGCUCUGUCAGAGUGACCAUCGGGGUCUUGGUCACCUCCCUGACCAAGGCCCUUCUCCUGCGUUUGCUCAGUUUGGCCGGGCGGCCAGCUCUAGGAAGAGUCUUGGUGGUUCCAAACUUAUUCCACUUAAGAAUAAUGGAGGCCACUGUGUUCCUGGGGACCUUCAAUGCUGCAGAAUUUUUUGGUACCCUUCCCCAGAUCUGUGCCUUUACACAAUCCUGUCUCGGAGCUCUAUGGACAAUUCCUUCGACCUCAUGGCUUGGUUUUUGCUCUGACAUGCACUGUCAACUGUGGGACCUUAUAUAGACAGGAGUGUGCCUUUCCAAAUCAUGUCCAAUCAAUUGAAUUUACCACAGGUGGACUUCAAUCAAGUUGUAGAAACAUCUCAAGGAUGAUCAAUGGAAACAGGAUACACCUGAGCUCAAUUUCGAGUCUCAUAGCGAAGGGUCUGAAUACUUCUGUAAAUAAGGUAUUUAAGUUUUUUAUUUUUAAUACAUUUGCCAAAAAUUCUAAAAACCUGUUUUCACUUUGUCAUUAUGGGGCAUUGUGUGUAGAUUGAUGAGGACAUUUUUUUAUUUAAUCCAUUUUAGAAUAAGGCUGUAACGUAACUAAAUGUGGAAGAAGUAAAGGGGUCUGAAUACUUUCCGAAGGCACUGUACUUCCUUAUGAUACACACACACACGUGUGCAUUUGCACACACACGCAUACAUGCACAAACUAAAUAUGUAAAAAUAAGUAAAUGUCAAGGAGGUAUAAAAAGCCUUUGGGUGGUAUUUAGUAUUAAUCCCCACCACCCACAUACAGUGAGGGAAAAAAGUAUUUGAUCCCCUGCUGAUUUUGUACGUUUGCCCACUGACAAAUAAAUUAUCAGUCUAUAAUUUUUAUGGUAGGUUUAUUUGAAUAUUGAGAGACAGAAUAACAACAACAAAAUCCAGACAAACGCAUGUCAAAAAUGUUAUAAAUUGAUUUGCAUUUUAAUGAGGGAAAUAAGUAUUUGACCCCCUCUCAAUCAGAAAGAUUUCUGGCUCUCAGGUGUCUUUUAUACAGGUAACGAGCUGAGAUUAGGAGCACACUCUUAAAGGGAGUGCUCCUAAUCUCAGUUUGUUACCUGUAUAAAAGACACCUGUCCACAGAAGCAAUCAAUCAAUCAGAUUCCAAACUCUCCACCAUGGCCAAGACCAAAGAGCUCUCCAAGGAUGUCAGGGACAAGAUUGUAGACCUACACAAGGCUGUAAUGGGCUACAAGACCAUCGCCAAGCAGCUUGGUGAGAAGGUGACAACAGUUGGUGUGAUUAUUCGCAAAUGGAAGAAACACAAAAGAACUGUCAAUCUCCCUCGGCCGUGGCUCCAUGCAAGAUCUCACCUUGUGGAGUUGCAAUGAGAACGGUGAGGAAUCAGCCCAGAACUACACGGGAGGAUCUUGUCAAUGAUCUCAAGGCAGCUGGGACCAUAGUCACCAAGAAAACAAUUGGUAACACACUACGCCGUGAAGGACUGAAAUCCUGCAGCGCCCGCAAGGUCCCCCUGCUCAAGAAAGCACAUAUACAGGCCCGUCUGAAAUUUGCCAAUGAACAUCUGAAUGAUUCAGAGGAGAACUGGGUGAAAGUGUUGUGGUCAGAUGAGAACAAAAUUGAGCUCUUUGGCAUCAACUCAACUCGCCGUGUUUGGAGGAGGAGGAAUGCUGCCUAUGACCCCAAGAACACCAUCCCCACCGUCAAACAUGGAGGUGGAAACAUUAUGCUUUGGGGGUGUUUUUCUGCUAAGGGGACAGGACAACUUCACCGCAUCAAAGGGACGAUGGACGGGGCCAUGUACCGUCAAAUCUUGGGUGAGAACCUCCUUCCCUAAGCCAGGGCAUUGAAAAUGGGUCGUGGAUGGGUAUUCCAGCAUGACAAUGACCCAAAACACACGGCCAAGGCAACAAAGGAGUGGCUCAAGAAGAAGCACAUUAAGGUCCUGGAGUAGCCUAGCCAGUCUCCAGACCUUAAUCCCAUAGAAAAUCUGUGGAGGGAGCUGAAGGUGCGAGUUGCCAAACGUCAGCCUCGAAACCUUAAUGACUUGGAGAAGAUCUGCAAAGAGGAGUGGGACAAAAACCCUCCUGAGAUGUGUGCAAACCUGGUGGCCAACUACAAGAAACGUCUGACCUCUGUGAUUGCCAACAAGGGUUUUUCCACCAAGUACUAAGUCAUAUUUUGCAGAGGGGUCAAAUACUUAUUUCCCUCAUUAAAAUGCAAAUCAAUUUAUAACAUUUUUGACAUGCGUUUUUCUGGAUAUUUUUGUUGUUAUUCUGUCUCUCACUGUUCAAAUAAACCUACCAUUAAAAUUAUAGACUGAUCAUGUCUUUGUCAGCGGGCAAACGUACAAAAUCAACAGGGGAUCAAAUACUUUUUUCCCUCACUGUAUAACCUUGUAUUGCUACCACUGUAUCAUCAAAGGUAUUAUCUAAGAGAGUUUCACAGAUAAUCAGAAAUUGAAUGUCAUCUGUUACUAGCAAAUUAGUGAUUUAAUGAACCUUGUUUCUUAAGCUACAUAUGUUAACGUGGGCUAUUUUGAGCACUUUUCUUCUGGGAUGCUUACUUGUUUUUAUUGCUUGAGUGUAUGUGUCUGCUAAGCACUACCGUGUGUGUGUGUGUGUGUGUGUGUGUGUGUGUGUGUGUGUGUGUGUGCGUGUGUGUGUCCAUGUCCAUGUUCAUGUACAGAUCCAGGACAUGGCGGAGCAGGGUGUGCUGUUUGUGGGCUUCCUGCAGCAGCCUGGCGGGGGACCCUGUUUCCUGGGGCACUUGGACCCUGAAGACCUGUCCUCCCUGCACUCCAGCCCCUCCCCCAUACACAGACACCCCACCAGCCCCUCAGAACCCACAAUACCGAAUCUCAGCCCUACAGACUCUACAGAACCACACCAGAACCUCCUAGAACCAGAACACGACCGGAACACAGAAGUGAAAACACCAGAACACAAGUCGGUAGAACUCAGAACAAUUGAGCAGAACCCUACAGAUACCAGUCAGGUGGAGCUGGACUUGAGCUCAACAGGACCGCUAGAUUUCACACAGGACUCUACUCCAAUAGAAUCAUCAGACAGAGAACACGACCACAGUCCAGGCAGAAUAGCCUCAAUAGAGGACCAACCAAACUGCUGUCCAGAUGAACCAGCAGACUCACCAGAGAGACCGCAGAGUCCCAGCCCAAUAGAUCCAGCUAGUGACCAACAGAACCACAACCACGCCCCAACAGAACUCCCUGGCGACCAGGAUCAGCUACUGUCUAACAACCCAAUAGAGACCACAUGUAGAGAGAGACAACAGAAUGAAAGCCAAGCAGACUUCAUCAGGAUUCUACUACCCAACUUCAGCCCGGCAGAGUUAACACAUGGACUUGGUGGUCCAGACGCAGACAGGCAGCGCCAGGGAGACAGACAGAGUCCAAGCCCUCAGACACAGAACCACAACCAGAGACCGGAACAGGACCACAGCACAGACGACCUGGUCCGGUCACCAGAACUAGACAACUACGACCAUGGGUCAGAGUCCGAGGCUGAGAGGGGGUGUAACCGUGGAAACGGGGGCACGGGCAGUGACCCGGAUGAGCAUCAGAGGAGCAGCAGAGUGCCGACCCACAACAACAACAAUCACAUCCGGGUCAAGAGUCCAGAAAGAGAAAAGAGGGCUGUAGUGUCUCCACCAGCACAGAGCAGUGAGUGUGAAGUCUACUACUGUUGCUACCUGGUUAUAGAGGUUGCUGUUGUGAGUUUAUACUGAAUAUUACUGAAUUAUAUAACAUUGAUUGAUUUCAGACUUGUGUACAGUAUUUCAUGGCAAAAUGAUGGCACAUAAUGCUAUGUGCCUUUCUCUGUGUGUAGGGGUGCAGCUGUUUGCCCUGUACAACCGCACGGGGGAGCUGUCCAGCUCUCUGAGGUUCUACUCCCUCAGGGUUCCGCUGCGGCUGCAGAGAGAGGCGGGGCUAGUGACGGAGGUUGACGCCCACUGGCUGGAUCACAUGACACAGCAUUUCACUAGCGGAGCUCACCUCAUCGACGGCUUCUUUCACCUUGGAGACAACAAUGGUAUAUUUGCCACAAUGGUGAUGUGUAAUGCAGCAGUAGCCUGAGUGUCAGUCUGUAUGUGCUGCCAUGCCAACUCCUUGUCACUCAUUGUCAUACCAAACACUCUGUUCUAGCUCAUUAAUGAUAACAUGUUCAUAUUUGAAGAUUGAAUUGAGGCCAGACUGUUUGGCUUGUUCAUUAGCAUUGCAGUUAGGAAGAGCACAAACAUCUCUUGGACAACGCUAGUGUUGGAGUGUUUACCAUGGCGAACAAACUCAAAACUUUUGGAACUUGGUAAAGGCCUACUUGGAAAGUGUGUAGGCUCAGGCUUAUCAUGUUCCUUCACCCAUGAUGCAUGGAAGCACAUCGAAGCCAAGAGCGGAUCAACUCUAUCUUUUCCAAAUCUGUGGAAACUGUAACAGAAGAAGUUGUUGAGCUUCUCUCUCUCUCUCUCGCUUUUCUUUUCUCUCUUUCUCUCUCUCUCUUUCUCUUUCAGACAGCGUGGUCUCAUCCGUGGACAGUGUGUUCAUCUUUCAGAGCUCCUCAGAAGAAACCCCACCCACUUCAUACGACGCCAUUGUGGUGGAGCAGUGGACCAUUAUCGAUGUGAGUGUGUGCACGUGCGUGCGUGUAAAUGUCUGUGUGUGUGUGUGCGUACGUGCGUCCAUUGUCGACGUGUGUAACACUGUUUUUGUCCUCUCCAGGGUGUAGUGGUAAGGACUGACUACAUCCCCUUGCUCCAGUCUCUGGCUCCCUAUGGAUGGAGACUGAUGUGUGUUCUGCCUACUCCCAUCGUUAAGACCAACAGGUACUGUCCCAACCCACCAGUCAGGAGCACUAGGUAGUAGGAAACAUACCAGCCUAGUAUAGACUAAUAGUUACUGUAUUUCUCUAAACCAUACUAAACAUUUGAACACUGCACAUCAUUUGGAACAAAAUUACAUUUCACAAUUUCUUUCACAUUAUAAGAUGCAGAAUAGGACUCAGACAGUUCUAAUAUCAAGUUACAAGAUGUGAGGCCAGUACUGAUGUGAUGUACAUGACGUUAAUAGCACUGUUCUCUCCUUAGUGAUGGCAGCUUGUCCACAAAGCAGAUCCUCUUCCUCCAGAGACCUGCCUUGCAACGCAACAGGAAAGACUUCAAGGUUCCUCUUUAUUUUUCUCUAGUUCUGUCUCUCUCUCUGUCUCUCUCUCUCUCUCUCUCUGUGUGUCUCUCUCUCUCUCUCUCUCUCUCUGUAUCUCUCUCUAUAUAUCACUCACUCUUUCCUUACCUUACACAAUGCUGUGUCACAGUUGGUGUCAUUAAAAAGUCAUACUUCUAAAUAUAGCGGAAGAUAACCCAGCUGAGAUAGACCUACUCUGGUUCUGUUAACGCUUAGGGGGAGAGUUUUAUGUUCUAAAAUAGUAAUUUCUUAGUACAUUACAGUCAAAAAGAGAACUUUCUUCAGUCAAUGAUUUGCUGUUAACUGUCCAAGAGAGGCAUCACAGAGACUUCUGCUGUUAACUGUCCAAGAGAGGCAUCACAGAGACUUUUGUAGUCAUUUGUCAGGUGUCUGAAGAGAGAGUUUAUAGAAAAAAAAGAAAAAAAAACUCCUUAAAAUGUCUCUCUUUCAGAAGUUGAACCUCAGGGGUCGGAACAAGCCAAAGAAAAACUCUGCUGGAGAAAUGUUGGAGAAGAAAGAGGAAAGAAAGGACACAUCCCCAGUGAUGGAGAGAGGGAUGGAUGGACAGAAGAGGAACACGGAAGAGGAGGAGGAGAGAGAGGCGAGAACAAAUUGGGAGAACAACAGAAAUGAGAAAGGGAGAACCAUAGACAGAGAAGGACUCAAGAGAGAAGAGGAGAGAGAGUGUGAGACAGAAUCUCAAGAAGACUUCACCCAGGGUACAGAGGGCGGGGCCACAGACCUCAACCAGGAAGUAGAGCGGGGGAAUGACAAAGCCCCAUUGGCCAGACAUGAGAAGGCCGUUAGGUUUGCAGAUCAAUUUGUCAAUCAGAAGAAUGAUGAAGAG